GGACAACUAAACAAAGCAAUAUACAUAGGCGGGUCUAGAAAUUGCCGCCAUUUUUCCAUUUUCCCUUUUACUUGUUCUUCCAACUUCCAGAAAGUUUCAACUCCGAUCAACUUUCUGGCGAACCACCACUGCACCAUGGCGGAGCACCACCCUUCAACGACUUCCAUAUUCCCCGGAAAAUCCUCCGUUCCUUCAAACGACACCGUUUUCUUCUCCAUAUACCCCGACUUCGCCUUUAACCUUUACAUAAUACCCACUACCCGAACCAAUCAACUCCACUUCCUUCACACCGAAAUCCUCCGGUUCCUCUCCCCUUACACUUCUUCUUACAUCUAUCAACACCACCCCUUCAGUCUCACCCCCACCCCCUCUACCCCCACUACCCCACCUUCCCUCUCCGGCCAUCUCCGUUACGGCGAUAACAUCGAUGAUGAAUGGUUCGUAGUCUUCCUCCUUUUCCAAAUAUCUCAUAAAUUCCCAGAUGUAUCUAUCCAAGUUUAUGAUUCUGAUGGAGAAUUUUUACUAAUUGAAUCCGCUUAUCAUCUCCCUAAAUGGGUCAACCCGGAUAGUGUACCUAAUCGGGUUUUUAUCCGGGGCGGGUUACUUCACAUUAUACCGAAUUCGUUACUUCCCGGUACUCCAUCAGUCUUCGAUUCGGUAAGAUUGUUGAGCAGUGGAGUCGGUUCGGAGCAAAGUCGAGCACCCGAAGGAGUACAGAAGCAGUUGGAGAGUAGGUUGAGGGAGUAUCCGGGGAGAAUUGAGAAAAAUGUGCAUAAGGUUAGGGUUAGGGUUCCGGUGAGUGUAGCGAAAGUGUUGAAGCACGAGGGGUGUUUGAUAUCGUUAGCUGUAGAAGGGUUUUACGAUAGGGAUAUUGAUACGAUGAAGUAUGCGGGGAAGAUGGAGAGGUUUUUAGGGGAGAGGGGUAGUGCGGAGGAGUUGGUGAGGGUUGUGGUUAGGAUGAGUAGGGCAAUGUAUGCACAGUUGAUGCAACAGACGUUUACGGCGCCCAAAUGUUAUCCUGCAUUGCCACCUAGGAGUGAUGUGGAGGGGUAUAAGGAAGCGGAGCUGGGAAUGAAGAUUGCUUGUGGAUUUGAGAUGAUUUAUCAGUUGAAGAAGAGGCAGUGUAUGGAGGGAAAAGGGAGUAGUUGGGACGCGUUUAUGCAGAGUUUAGAACGGAACGGGCAUUUUGAAGGGUUGUUACCGGGGUCAUAUCUGUAUAAAAGAUUGAAGCUGAAUGCUGAGUUGUAUUACAAGGAUAGUUCACUGCUUGAGAGAGAAAGUGCUAUGCUAAGUGCUCCAGUGCAAAGAAUAGAUGAGAUCCUUGCCCUUCCUGAGUCUGCUGAUGACUUUAAGGAUCAGGAGCUACCACCAUCUGAUGAUGAUUCAUGGCUUUAUGGUGGGGAGGAUGAGCUAAAUGCUGUUCUUCAAGAGAGGCAAAAGGAGAUGGAACUUUACAACUCAAAAAAGAAACAAAAAUCAAAAGAGCAGGAUGGCCCCAGCAAUGGUUCUGAUAAUUUUGAUUUAAAAGAUAUAUCGAAGUCUAUGCAAGCAUUUGUUACGAAAGUGGCCAGCUAUGAAGGUGCAGAGGUUCCAGAAGACAGGAAUCUUAAGGGCGUGGACUUUGAUGUGGAUCUCUUUAUGAAAGACAUGGAAUCGUUUGUGAGGCGUCAAGGCAAUGAAGACACUGGCAGGGAUGUUGAUAUAGGAGAAGGGUCAUCAUCAGAUAUGGAGUUUGAUGAAUCUGAAGAUGAGAUUGGCGAUGAGGAAGGUGCUGCUUUCAUGCAUUCGUAUUCGGACGCUCUGAAUGAAGAACUGAAAGGCACCACACUAAGUAAUACCUUUGUUCGUGCAAAUGGAGAGUCCGUCAAGAAAGAUGAGGGAACAUCUACUGCUACAGAAAGCAUGGAAGAGGAGUUCACUCCAGUAGAUGUUGAUUUCAAUCUCGUAAAGAAUUUCCUCGAUUCCUUUUCUUCUCAAGACGGACUUCCAGGACCUGCCUCUAAUCUGCUUGGACUUAUGGGUCUUCAGCUACCACCAGAUGCUCCUAGCAAAAGGAAAUAAGAAGCAUAUGCUUGUCGUGCAGCUUAUUUCUCGACUCCCUUUUUUCCCAUUCAAAUUCCAGUCUUUUGAUGGCAUUUCGAGUUUUUCCAUUUGAUAUGAACUUAUAAAUACUUUGAUGGGGAUGUUGAAUGUUGUAUAUCACCUGUUUGUAUGAGUUUAUAUAAUUCGUCUUCUCCUUGGUUCCA